UUUUUGGCAUGCCUCUUCAUUUUAAAUCCACGGAAUCCUAUUAACAUUUCAAGGGAGUCAUUAGUCAUCCUGGUAUCGUAGUCGGAAACCCUAUUUUGAAUUCGAAUCACAAAAUGCAGCAGGGGGGUGGAUCUGAGACAGAAGUGACGUGGGAGGACCAACAGAACAUCAACAAAUUUGGAAGGUUGAAUAAUCGCUUUCACGAGCUUGAGGAUGAGAUCAAAAUCGCUAAGGAAUCAAAUGAUAAUUUGGAGGAUGCAAGCAACGAGUUGAUUCUCACUGAUGAAGAGGUGGUUCGGUUUCAAAUAGGGGAGGUUUUCGCUCAUGUGCCAAAGGAUGAAGUUGAGAGCAGGAUUGAACAGAUGAAAGAGGUGACGAGUCAAAAGUUAGAAAAACUUGAAGAGGAGAAAGAAUCUGUACUUGCUCAGAUGGCUGAACUGAAGAAAAUUUUGUAUGCAAAGUUCAAUGACUCGAUCAACCUUGAGGAGGAUUAGGUACUUACUUCUUGUUGAUAGUUAUCUACUUGGUUACUUUUUUUGUUUAUAUGACCUAUUGGGCCUCUGAAAUUUGAAUCAUUUUGUCUAUUUCAAUUUUAGAACGUGUGUUGUUUUGCUUGAACCUCUUUCAAACGUUGGCCUAGGUUUCUGCUUUCUUUGGCUUCUUGAAUUUCAUGUUCCCUUAAAAUAUCUUCAAGGGGAGAAGGGGUGUGUAAAAUCUGCUCUAUUAUUGAGGUCAUCGAGUAUCUGAAUUAACUA